AUGUCUCGUUCAGGCGUUGCUGUCGCUUCCGACUGCGUAACAACCUUCGAGGAACUUAAGCUCAGAAAGUCCUCCCGGUACAUUAUCUACAAACUGAACGAAACCAAGACGCAAAUUGUUGUCGACAAGGCCUCUACCGAAACCGACUAUGAGGCGUUCUUGACAGAUCUUCCAGAGAAUGACUGUAGAUGGGCUGUCUACGAUUUCGCAUACAAGCUCAGCGAGGGUGAGGGCGAGAGAAACAAGAUUGUCUUCAUUUCUUGGUCCCCUGACAAUGCCCCCGUCAGAAGCAAGAUGACCUAUUCUUCUUCUAAAGACGCCUUGAGGCGCGCUUUCAACGGUGUCGGCGCCGAGAUUCAGGGCACCGACUACGCUGAAGUUUCCCACGAGGCCCUCCUGGACAAGGUUACUAGGAAGUAG